AUUCCAGACUUUUUUUUUUGGUUCUAUUUCUAGUCAAGGGUCCCUUCUUUUCUUUCUUUUCCUUCUCUUUUCUUUCUUCCGAAUACUUUACCUUUCAAUCUUUCCUCUCCUCUUCUCCCCCACCGAAAGAAUACCCACUCGUCCUCAACCAUGGAGCAACUCACACCCAUCCUUAUGAACUUCCUCGAGGAGUAUGGCCGUCCUCAUGUCCAGGAAAAGGUCACAGAGGAGCUCGACGAGACCAAGGUCGACCUCAAGAGGGAUCUCCCCAACACCAUCGUCGAACACGUCCAGAGCUCUGAGAUCAACCCCCUGAUCGGCCAGAUCAUCGAGUCCAUGGGAGAUAAGUUCCUCGACCGCGUCAAAUCCGUCACGAACGCCACCAUCGAGACCGCGUCCGAGGGCAUGGAUCUGCUCCUCACCAACGGCGUCAUGAACAUUACCAAGGGUGUCCUCACCAAGUCGUCUGAAGAGGGUUCAGAUGGAUUCAACCUCGAUUUCCUGAAGAGCGGUAAGGAAGGAAUGGUUCAGACCACCAUGGCUGCAUCCCACCCUGUCAUUAAGCAGGUCAGCGACAAUAUGGGCCGUAAAAUCAGCUCACACUUCCCAGCCGCCAUUGGUGGUGCUAUCCAAGAAAUGAUUGACGAGCACGGUGGUAUGGGCGGCGCUCUGGGUCUGGCCGCAGGACUGUUGACAAAGUUCAUGGGCGAUGAUGGGCCAGGCGAGGUCGCCGUCGAGGGCGGUGGAUCCGAUAGGGAUGUCGAGGCCGUCGGUGGCCAUACCGGAUCUAUCCAGAGGAUGCUGCAGAAGUUCUUGGCUCCCAAGAUUCUCCUCAUGAUCCAGCCUUAUCUGCAAAGGUUCGAGGCCAAGAUGAGCACGUCUCUGGAAGGAGAAUUGCGCAACAAGGUGUUCUCGGUCGACUACAUCAAGUCGAAGGUCAUGAGCAUGUUGACUGGCGGCGGCGAUGGCGAAGGUGGCGGCUCUGGUUUUAGCAACAUCCUCGGCGCAUUUUUGAACAAGGGACACAACGGCAGCGAGGGUGGCAAGAGCGGGGGACAGGGAGAUCCCAUGGAUAUGAUAGGCAACCUUGCUAGCCAGUUCUUCAAGAACCGCGGAAAUUAGAAUCUGGCGCCCAUUGUGAAUAAUAUUGUGUAUAUAGGAAAUAAAACCGUUUCAACUGAAC